CGCGCCCUACAGGCAGGCUCGCUCCACCGUAGCUGGUGCGUUCUUGUGGUGGUGUGUUCUCGGCCGGUAACGAGCAGUAGGCAACGCGCGCUGAGUUUGAGCAGUUGGACGCGCACCGAGCGUUUCGACGAAAGCGGAGCAGUCAGUCGCUCCGCACGAUCGGGGGAGACAGGCCGCCUCAGCGGGGUCCCGCCCAGCCCAGUGCCCAUAGAAAUGAGCCGUCAGACUGCUACAGCUCUACCCACAGGUACUUCCAAGUGUACACCGUCACAGAGGGUCCCUGCACUGACAGGCACUACAGCUUCCAAUAAUGACUUGGCUAGUCUCUUUGAGUGUCCUGUGUGUUUUGACUAUGUGCUGCCACCAAUUCUUCAGUGUCAGAGUGGUCAUCUUGUUUGUAGCAACUGUCGCCCCAAACUUACGUGCUGUCCGACUUGCCGAGGCCCACUGGGCUCCAUUCGUAACCUGGCUAUGGAGAAAGUUGCUAAUUCUGUACUGUUCCCUUGUAAAUAUGCCUCUUCCGGAUGUGAGAUAACUUUGCCACACACAGAAAAAGCAGACCAUGAGGAGCUGUGUGAGUUUAGGCCUUAUUCCUGUCCAUGUCCUGGUGCUUCAUGUAAAUGGCAAGGUUCUCUAGAUGCUGUAAUGCCACACCUGAUGCAUCAACAUAAGUCCAUUACAACACUUCAGGGAGAAGAUAUAGUGUUUCUUGCUACAGACAUUAAUCUUCCUGGUGCUGUUGACUGGGUUAUGAUGCAGUCUUGUUUUGGCUUUCAUUUCAUGUUAGUAUUGGAGAAACAGGAGAAGUACGAUGGUCAUCAGCAGUUCUUUGCGAUUGUACAGCUGAUAGGAACCCGCAAGCAAGCAGAAAACUUUGCUUAUCGACUGGAGUUAAAUGGUCAUAGACGGCGAUUGACUUGGGAAGCAACUCCUCGAUCUAUCCAUGAAGGAAUUGCAACAGCCAUUAUGAAUAGUGACUGUCUAGUCUUUGACACCAGCAUUGCACAGCUCUUUGCAGAAAAUGGCAAUUUAGGCAUUAAUGUAACUAUAUCCAUGUGUUGAAAUGGUAGUCCAACUUCUUAAGGCCAGUGUUUAAACCGUUGCAUUUAAUUUAGCUGAAACUAGGGUAACCAUCUUCCUUUGACUGUCAAAUUAGUUGGUAGAUGGAGGGUAGACAUAUGAAGGUAAAUAAAAGGAAAGGCUCUUAAAUUAGAGGAAGCAGUUGCAUGUAGUAACACUAACAUAUUUAAAAUAAGUCAGCAGUAAACCACUGAAAAAAUAUAUAUAUACACCCAAAAUGGGCAUCUUUUGUAUUAAGAAUUGAUUCUACAGAAAAUGUUGUUGUAAAAUAAUUCUAAAAACUUGUUUGUAGAUUCAUUGUACUGUUGAGAAGGAUACUGUUUCAUGGUUUUGUGGUUUUUUUUCCUCCCCCCUUUGACUGACAAGCCAUGUUGAAUGAUCUGGUCUCUGGCUACUGUACCCUCCUUUGUAAGUCACUACAUAGUAUUGCUGCUGUUGGUGUAUAUUUUCUGUGUAUUUGCUAAUUUUCAUUAACUUCUAGUUUUUCAUUAAAUAAAUAUUACUUUCUUUUCUGUAA